UCUCUACUUCCGAGUCAAUAAAAAAAAUGUCUUCUGCGUUUGUACCUAUUUGGCAAUUUUGGUGGAAUCACAGAGUCGAGUUUAUUUCUGCUUUUGAAAUUUUUGAUUUGUUCUCUAUCUCUAAUAGUCAUGGAUAUAAUUUUCAUUUGUUGGACGACCUGAAGAACUGAAUAUAUUUACUACCUCUGAAAUAAUAUGGAUCAAGAUAUACCAUCACCAAAACGGCCAGGCAAAAAAUCCAACAAGCAGAAAAAGUCUAAACCUUCUCUGUCAGAAGAUGGAUCAUCUUCUAGUGACCUGCUGAUUGUUGAUGAAACAUUAGUAGUUUUAACAGUACCUGCCUUGAAACAGAAGCCUUCAACUUCUACAAAACUAUCACCUGCCUUGCCUGGAAUACCAAACAAUAAAAAAAGAAAAAAACGAGAUAGUGCUUCCAGUGAUGAAGAAAGAUGGUUGACUGCCAUUGAAUCAGGAAAGCUAGAAGACGUAGAUGAUGAGUUGAAAAAAAUUAAACCAAAAGACCCAGCCCUCAUGACAGCUAGACAAAGGGCCAUGUAUGACAGGGCAGGGGAGGGGACUUCUUCUGUUGCUACUCCUACAUUGAUGUCCUUGCCUACAGGAUAUAAAGAGAAAGUUAUGACUGCUGAGGCCAUUCAAAAAGCAGCAAUUAAGUCCUUGAAACGAAAACAAUUGGCUGAUGAAAAACGUGAGAAAGAUAAAAAGAAAACCAUGGAGAGAUUGUUGAAAAAGCAAGACUCAAAAGCUGCAAAACAGGCAAAACCUAGAGUUGCCAAAACUUCAAUCCCUUCUAUUACUUAUAAACAAAAUGGUCAAAUUACAGUAAUGUCAUUUCCUGAUGGCAUUGAUUUCCCCUUGAAAGCCCUAAAAGCACCUGAACCUUCAAAGGUUAUUCAUUGUGGGAUGGGGUGUGGGAACUUGAAGAAAUAUUCUUGUUCACAAACUGGGGUGCCUUUAUGUAGUUUGACUUGCUAUAGGAAUAACAUAUCUAAGAUUAUUAUAUGAUGAAAGAACUAGCAAAUUCACCCUUUUCUAUUAAUUAUCUUUAACACUUUAUGUCAAGGAAUAUUUGAUUUUUUUGAAUUUUUCGGAUCAUACAUUUUAUAUAAGUAUAUGGAAGACUGCAACCUUUGUCUGCUUAUGGUUAGCUUCAGAAGUACAUUAAAACAGUGUCAGAACCUCUCAUGUUUCCUAUUUUUCAUACCCCCAAAGAAAUUGGUUCAUCCAUGAAAUCUAAGUUUCAAUCCUCUAUUAAGUUCAAAACCAUCUGAAAUAUCUUUAUUUUGAUUUGUUAUUCAAUUUGCUGGUUUCUUGAAAAUAUCCGCACUGAACAGUCUGAAUUCAGUGAAAGAAGUCUGAAUUUAAGUGCUCCUUCGAAAAUUGUCUGUAGACUUCCAAUUUGAAUUUACCGCCAAAUGCAUUAACUUGUAAUGCUCACUCCCUAGAUAGUAG